GGAGAAGAGGUGCCACUACCAUCGCUGGCUCUCUGGGCUGGGAGGGUGUUUGCAAGUCCUUGGUUUGCACCUACCCGCCGAGUCCUCUUCACCAGGCUCCCCCCGACUCCUGCUGAAACACCUCCUGGCCCCCGGGGCCAAACGGUCCAAGGUCUCCAAGAUGUCCAAGGUAGCCAAGUACCGGCGGCAGGUGAGCGAAGAUCCGGACAUCGACAACUUGUUGUCCACCCUGUCGCCGGAGGAGAUGGAGGAGCUGGAGAAGGAGCUGGAUGUGGUGGAACCGGACAGGAGCGUCCCGGUGGGACUCCGGCAGAGGAAUCAGACCGACAAGCAGUCCACCGGCUUGUACAACCGAGAGGCCAUGCUCAACUUCUGCGAGAAAGAGACCAAGAAACUGAUUCAGCGGGAGAUGUCCGUGGAUGAAAGUAAGCCCGGAGAGUGCAAAAACGACCCCAAAAACGGAGAGGAAAGGAAUAAGGAUACAGGGGACAAAGUCUUGGGCCGGAAACGGGAUCUGGACCUGGGGAAGGAGUCAAAAAAAGAGGCCCUGAAGAAGUUCAAUAAGCAAGAGAAAGAGGAUCCCGACAGCAAAGACAGAGAGAAACCCAGGGAAGAGAAAGUCAUCAGGGGAAUAGACAAGGGCAGGGUCAAGGCUGCCAUAGACAAAAAAGAGACCGGAAAGGGAAAGGACCAGCAGGGAGAGGAGAAAAGGGUAGGGGCCAAGAAGGAGGAAGAGAAAAAAGGAAGUGAUAAGGGACCAGUGGGGAAGAGGGAGGAGAAGGACAAGGGAGGAGAGAAGGAGGUGGGAUCCAAAAAGGAGGGGGAGAAAAAGGAAGCGAAAAGGGGCCGGGAGUUAAGCGAGCGGAGAAGGAGCAGGGAGAGGAAAAGGGGUGGGACUCAAGAAGGAGGCAGAGAAGAAGGAAGUGAAAAGGUGCCGGCGGUGAAGCCAGAGGAGAAGGACAAGGGAGAGGAGAAAGGGGCUGCACCCAAGAAGGAGGAGGAGCAAGCCCAACAGGGAAGGGCAGAAGGCAAAAAGCAGAGCGGAGACCCUGUAGCCACAGAGGAGCCCAAGGAGGAGAGAGAGGCCGAGGCGGAGGCAGACAGCCGUCCCAAGAACAGCCCGGCCAGUGUCCCCCCCGGGCCUCCGGGCAGCCAGGCGGCGGCCGAGGGGGAGGAGGCUGCUUCCAGUAUCUUCGACGAGCCCCUGGAGAAGGUGAAGAACAACGACCCUGAGGUGACGGAGGUGAACGUGAACAACUCUGACUGCAUCAACAACGAGACCCUGGUCCGCUUCGCCGAGGCGCUGGAGUUCAACACGGUGGUCUAGGUCUUCGCGCUGGCCAACACGCGAGCCGACGACCACGUGGCCUUCGCCAUCGCCCUCAUGCUCAAGGCCAACAAGACCAUCACCAGCGUCAACCUGGACUCCAACCACGUGACCGGCAAGGGCAUCCUGGCCAUCUUCCGGGCGCUGCUCCAGAACAGCACGCUGACCGAGCUCCGCUUCCACAACCAGCGGCACAUCUGCGGGGGCAAGACCGAGAUGGAGAUGGCCAAGCUGCUCAAGGAGAACACCACCCUCCUCAAGCUGGGCUACCACUUCGAGCUGGCCGGGCCCCGCAUGGCCGUCACCAACCUGCUCAGCCGCAACAUGGACAAGCAGCGGCAGAAACGGCUGCUGGAGCAGAAGCAGGCCCAGGAGGGCGGCGGUGGCGAUGGCGGAGAGAAGAAGAAGAAGGACCGGCUGGAGGUGCCCAAGGCAGGGGGGCCGCUCAGAGGCCCCUCUCCACAACAGUCCCCGAAGCCCUCGCCCAAGAACACCCCCAAGAAGGGGGAUGCUCCACCGGCCCCGCCCCCACCCCCUCUGGCCCCACCCCCUCUGGCCCCACCUCUCCUGGUAGAGAAUCUGAGGAACUCCCUCUCACCCGCCACCCAAAGGAAGAUGGCCGACAAGGCGUUGCCCGCCCAGGAGAAGAACUCGCGAGACCAGCUACUGGCCGCCAUUCGCUCCAGCAACCUAAAGCAACUCAAGAAGGUGGAGGUCCCCAAACUGCUGCAGUAGAGGAGCAGCGGCCGGCUUACGGAGCGGGCCCCUGGCACACUGUGCUUGUUUAUCCCACGAGACCGCGCCUCGCCCCAGCCCCCGAGGACGUCGCAACUCAUCUCCCUCCUCGCCCCCAGCCUGGAGAGCGGCCAGGCCCCCCACCCCCAGCACCUUGAGCCCCCGCUCCCUGCCAGGAUGCAGCUCUUCAUUCUCAGCUCUUUUUUCUUGUCUCUGGGAUCUCAGCACACUUCUGCUUCCCGGUCCAAGCCACCCAGAGGGGGAGGAGGGGAGGAGGAGGUGGAGGAGGAGGAAGAGGAGGAGGAAGAGGAGAGGCAGAAGGAGGGGGCCCAAGGAUGGAAGGUGGCACCCGCCGCGCCCCCGGCCCCAAGCCACCGCAGGCCUUGGCAGCCGUGCUGGAAGGAGUAAGCAGCAAGACCCCGUGGUUACCCUCGCUGGGGCUAGGAUUCGGGCCUUGGCCCCCCAACCCGAGGAGCCCCCGAGGCCUGGCUGCUGGUGUUGGUGGGGACUUGGCCGGGCCCAGGGGUGGAGGCAGAUAGAAGGAAGGGCAGGUUGGGAGGAAGGAGGAAGAGAACAGAAGAAAGGUGGAGCUGGGGAGAACAGAGCGGGGCGACAGGAAACACCUUUGAUGUUGGGCCUAAACGGUGGGCUCCAGGGAAAGGGGGUAGAGCGAACCCCUUGCCUGGCCUCAGGGCCUGUGGCCCCAGGCACCAUCCACCUGAGUAGAGAAGCUAAGGGGGCAGUGGUGUCUCAGAAGUUGGGCAGUGGGCAAGUGGGUAGGCAUGGUCCGAGAAGGGAACGGGGCUAGUAGAGGGAGGGAGAGAGGGGCAGACUGAGGAAGCAGUGGCUCUGUUGGCAGCGGACAUUGCCCUCUCACCCACGUGCUGCUGUAUAAAUAUCCAUGUAUGUUUUUUGGUAAGAUUUUGAUAAUAUAUACAUAUAUAUAUAAACAUAUAUAUAAAUAUAAAAUCUCUAGCUGUGGGUGGCUGUUCCGCGCUCCUGUGGCCACCAAGAUUUGAUGCGCAGGACACCCUCUGGAUGCCCAACCCUCAUUAAAUUGUCUUCCAUC